GACGGCCUCGCUCUGUGCGCCCUCAUCCACAGACACAGACCAGACCUCAUCGACUACUCUAAACUCAGAAAGGAUGACCCUAUUGGAAACCUGAACACUGCAUUUGAGGUGGCAGAGAAGUACCUGGACAUCCCGAAGAUGCUGGACGCUGAAGACAUCGUCAACACCCCUAAACCUGAUGAGAAAGCCAUCAUGACCUACGUGUCCUGCUUUUACCAUGCUUUCGCCGGUGCCGAGCAGGCCGAGACCGCGGCUAACAGGAUCUGUAAGGUUCUGGCUGUGAACCAGGAGAACGAACGGCUGAUGGAGGAGUAUGAGAAACUGGCCAGUGAGUUGUUGGAGUGGAUCCGUCGCACCAUCCCGUGGCUGGAGAACCGCGUGGCGGAGCAGACCAUGCGUGCCAUGCAGCAGAAGCUGGAGGAUUUCCGUGACUACAGGCGCAUCCACAAGCCUCCACGCGUUCAGGAGAAGUGCCAGCUGGAGAUCAACUUCAACACCCUGCAGACCAAACUCCGCCUGAGCAACCGCCCGGCCUUCAUGCCCUCCGAGGGCAAGAUGGUGUCGGAUAUUGCUAACGCAUGGAAAGGUCUCGAGCAGGUAGAGAAGGGUUAUGAGGAAUGGCUGCUCACCGAGAUCCGUCGUCUGGAGAGACUCGAUCAUCUGGCGGAGAAGUUCAAGCAGAAAUGCUCCCUGCAUGAGUCCUGGACCGCAGGAAAGGAGCAGCUGCUGUCUCAGAAGGACUAUGAGACGGCCUCUCUGAUGGAGAUCAGGGCUCUGAUGAGGAAGCACGAGGCGUUUGAGAGUGACCUGGCUGCCCACCAGGACCGAGUGGAGCAGAUCGCAGCCAUCGCUCAAGAGCUGAAUGAGUUAGACUAUCAUGAUGCUGCUUCAGUGAACACCCGCUGCCAGGGCAUCUGUGACCAGUGGGACAACCUGGGAACCCUGACCCAGAAGAGAAGAGACGCUCUAGAGCGUGUAGAAAAACUCUGGGAGACGAUUGAUCAGCUGUACCUGGAGUUCGCCAAGAGGGCGGCGCCCUUCAACAACUGGAUGGAUGGAGCCAUGGAGGAUCUGCAGGACAUGUUCAUCGUGCACAGCAUCGAGGAGAUCCAGAGCCUGAUCACAGCUCACGAUCAGUACAAGGCCACCCUGCCAGAAGCCGAUAAGGAGCGCAUCGCCAUCAUGGGCAUCCAGAACGAGAUCACCAAGAUCGCCCAGACCUACGGCAUCAAGCUGGUCGGAGUCAAUCCCUACACGGUCCUCAGCCCACAGGACAUCACCAACAAAUGGGAGGCAGUGAAGCAGCUGGUUCCCCUCAGAGACCAGAUGCUGCAGGAGGAGGUUGCCAGGCAACAGGCCAAUGAGAGGCUGCGGCGCUCCUUCGCCGCUCAGGCCAACAUCAUCGGACCCUGGAUUCAGACCAAGAUGGAGGAGAUCGGUCACGUGUCGGUGGAUAUCACCGGCUCACUGGAGGAACAGAUGAAUAAUCUGAAGCAGUACGAGCAGAACAUCAUCAACUACAAAUCAAACAUUGACAAACAGGAGGGAGAUCACCAGCUCAUUCAGGAGGCGCUCAUCUUCGACAACAAACACACCAACUACACCAUGGAGCACGUCCGUGUGGGCUGGGAGCAGCUGCUCACCACCAUCGCUCGCACCAUCAACGAGGUGGAGAACCAGAUCCUGACCCGCGACGCCAAGGGCAUCAGCCAGGAGCAGCUCAAUGAGUUCAGAGCCUCCUUCAACCACUUCGACAGGAAGAGAAACGGCAUGAUGGACCCCGACGAUUUCCGCGCAUGUCUGAUCUCCAUGGGUUACGAUCUGGGUGAGGUGGAGUUUGCCCGCAUCAUGACCCUGGUGGACCCCAACAACACAGGCGUGGUGACCUUCCAGGCCUUCAUCGACUUCAUGACACGCGAGACCGCUGAAACCGACACUGCCGAACAGGUCAUGGCCUCCUUCAAGAUCCUGGCCUCCGACAAGCCCUACAUCACCGUGGAGGAGCUUCGUCGUGAACUCCCACUCGAGCAGGCCGAGUACUGCAUCAGCCGCAUGACCAAGUACAUCGGCCCUGAGGUGGCCCCUGGAGCCCUGGAUUACAUCUCCUUCUCCAGCGCCCUCUAUGGAGAGAGCGAUUUAUAAACGCUCUGAAUGUCUUUCUUUUUCUCUUUCUUUCCUCUCAUCUUCCUCUCUGCUCUCGUUUUCUCCAAGCCCCCAAAUGUAGCUUUCGAUCUACGAGGGAGUUGGUAAUAUCCCUCGUUUCCCCUCUGUUUUUCUGUCUGCUAGCUUUAACAUAUUUGUACUACAUCCACCCUGUAAAGGACGUGUAACGGGGGGGG